CACUGAUCAGAGAGAGAAGCAAAACACCUUCUUGAUAAUAAUGGCUGCCAUGAAGUUCAUCACUUUGGUUACAUUAAUAAGUGUAUUCUCAUCGUCUACCGGAGCAUACCAUGCAGCUGCCGGCGGUGGCGGUGAUAUACAACAGUGCCUGCAGAAGUUGAUGCCAUGUGAACCAUACCUUAAGUCAACGAGUCCUCCACCGGCGACAUGUUGUGUCCCAUUGAAAGACAUGGUGGCUCAUCAACCUGCUUGCCUUUGCACCCUAUACAAUGAUGAUGCUUUGUUGAAGAGCUUGAAUGUCACCAAACAGGAUACUUUGAAUAUGGUUGGUAACUGUGGAGCCAAGGCUGAUACUAGCCUCUGCAAUAAUGGUUCAACCCCAGUGCCUCCAGUAUCUCCUUCCAAUCCAACCCCAUCUAACCCUGCAGGUCCAUCAGGAAGUGGAGCCAGUCUUGGGAAAAGCUUGGAGGCUGUGAUUAUUAUGAUUUUCUCAGGCUUUGUUUACUUUGUUCUUGCAUGAUCUCUCUGGAUAAAUAUCUCCUUUAUUUGUUCUUUCCUUCUUAGUAUUGUUUUGGUUUGGAUUAAGAGUCUAUUUCUAGCAUAAAUUUAGUUUAGUAUGUUUGUUAUCUUUCUCUAAUUCAAGCUCUAGACUGAAAUUAAUUU